AGUAGAUAAUGUGGCAAAAUCAUUCAGCCUCUCUUGUCCCAUGGUUCUCCUUAUCCACGUGUGGAGACAACGAAAGGCACUAAAAGAGCGCUCACAGCUGCAGCUACUAACAGGAAUGCUUAGUGCAACUCUAAAGAUGACCUUCAGAAUUGGGAACAUGUCCUCGUCAAGCAAGUGGAAGGCAGUUGUAAUGUUAUGACAUGUGGUGUGCCUCAAGGGUCGGUUUUAGGCGCUGUACUUUUUAAUUUAUAUAUGCUCCCUCUUGGCGGCGUCAUCAGGAGGCAUGGAGUGAACUUCCACAGUUACGCUGAUGAUACUCAGCUGUAUAUCUCCGUGUCUCCUGAUGACACCAGACCAAUGGAUGCCCUUUUUAACUGUAUUCUAGAUAUAAAAUCUUGGAUGGCAGAAAACUUUUUACAGCUUAACCAGGACAAAACUGAAGUUUUAAUCAUCGGUCCUGAGGCUCAGAGAGAGAAACUCUUGUCUAAAUUACAGGCAUUUUCACUAUGCCCUUCACUACAAGUGAAAAACCUGGGUGUUAUUCUUGACUCUGAGCUUGGUUUUAUCCCACAUAUUAAACAUGUAACCAAAAUUGGAUUUUAUCAUCUAAAAAAUAUAGCCAGAGUCCGCCCUAUUCUCUCUCGGGCCAACACGGAGAUGCUGAUGCAUGCUUUUAUUACCAGUCGCAUUGAUUACUGUAAUGCCCUGCUCUCUGGUCUCCCCAAAAAGAAUAUUUCACCUUUGCAACUUUUGCAAAACUCUGCAGCUCGUGUGCUGACGAAGACCAGAGGGCGGGCCCACAUUACACCGGUUUUACAAUCGCUGCAUUGGCUCCCCGUGUGUUUCAGGAUCGAUUUUAAAGUUCUUUUAUUGGUUUUUAAAUGUCUUAAUGGUCUUGGGCCUUCUUAUCUUUCAGAUCUGCUUUUACCAUAUGAACCCUCGCGGACCCUGAGGUCCUCUGGUACUGGCCUUUUGAUUGUCCCUAAAGUCAGGACACAUACUCACGGAGAGGCAGCUUUUCAGUCGUAUGGUCCUCGACUGUGGAACAGCCUGCCGGAGGAGCUCAGGGCCGCAGAGAACGUUCAUGUUUUUAAAAACAGGCUCAAGACCCACCUUUUUAAUUUAGCUUUUAACUAACGCUUAUUUAUUUAAUGCUUAUUUAUUCUA